AUGGACGAUAUUUAUAUUGCAAAAGUUGCUCUCACAUCUGACCUAAACCACAAAAUGCAGUAACACUAGCCUUAUUAAAGUACUAAGAUUACCCAAAAAAUGGAUAGUCAAAAGUAACUGUAAGGAGUAAACUCCCAGAAUCUAAACUAAUCAACAUGUAACUAUACUUAUCAUUUCCAAUACUAUAUCAUAGCCUAUAAUGCUUAAACUAGACUUCUUGAUACACAGGGAAACGAACUUAGUUACUCAUUAGGAUACUCAGAGUCAGAUUUAAAUACAACCUUAGGUGGGAUAGUUAAUCAAACUAGACUGCUUAAGCAAGAUUCUAGUUCCUCCCAGAAUCAGGCUGUUGUUGUUACAAGACCCAGAAAUCUUAGUUUUGGCAAUAAUGGAGCUAAAAACAGUAGGAGAUCUCAAUAUCUAAUGAAAAGGGGAACAAAUGAAAACAGUGUUGAACAUGAUGAUACGAGUGAGCCUGAGACCAAUCAUUAUUGGAGUAGAUCAAGACAUUAGUAGUAAUAGCAUCAACUUGGGACUUAAUAAAUUAAAUAUCCCUAACAGUAUAAAAGACCUGAAAAAGUAACACCAGAUGAUGAUAGAAUGGGAUCUGAAAACAUAUCAAGCGACGAGGGAGACGAAGUUAACCCUGUUGUGGCAACUAGUUCAUCGAGCAAGAAUCUUCAUCAAUAAUAAUAAGAGCUGAAAUAGAAAAGAGAUUAGUAUAGAAGCAAUGAGCCUCAUACCAACAGCAAUAAAAGUUUCUUGCUUAAAUCCUAAAAUCCAAUUGAUACAUUCAUGAACGAGGAAACAGUCCCAAAUACAAUCACAUAAAGAUAUGAGAAAUAGGCUGCAAUUGAUCAUAGUAAUUCAGCAAAGAAUAUUUUGAACUAGGCAUAGCACUAAAAGAGAUUGCAAAAUGAAAAUGAGCAAUCGACUUAGUAUCAAGCUGAAACAAAUGUUAAGCAAAUUCAUCAGUAAUACAAUGAUGAUUAUGAUGAAGAAGAAAUCUAAAGAUUUAAUAGAUCAAUCCUGCAAAAUUUUAAAGCUUAUGAGGAACCUCCAUCUUAGAGACUAAUGAAGACUGAUUAUAGCAACCAUUCACUUAAGCGAUUCUAAGAAGGUUAGUUAGGUUAAAGUUAAAAUUUAAACGUCAACAUCAUCAAUAAAAAUGCUGUUAAAAAUUUGGAUAACUAAAGUAGCAGUCUUGCAUCAAGUUAAUCCUAACAUAGCUUAAUGAUUGAAAGAGAAGUCUCGAAUUCAUCAAAGCAAAACUUGAAUAGCAAUCUUGAAAAUAUUUAUAACAAUUUACAACAAAGAAUAAUCUAAAAGGUCUUAGAUACCGAUAUUAAGAGUUCUGGGAACGCCCAUUCUAUUACAAGAAAAAAUAAUAACGAUCAUACACUCGACUACACUCAUGAUCAAUUGAACAUGAGCUAUUAUGGUUAAAAUGUUCUGAAGAACUUUUAAAGAGAAAAUAAAUAAACUGGUUAAGUAAAUAAAAGCUAUCUAGAUAAAAAGUUUGAAAACUUAUACAAUGAAAAUGCCAUCAAAUAGCAAAAGCUUAAGAGAAUCUAGGAAUUAAAAGAAAUGUAAAAAAUUUUCUAGGAGUAAUAGGAAUGUACUUUCUCGCCAAAGAUUUGCAGAAAUGAGCUCAUUAGUCCUAGAGGGGGAGUAGAUAGUUCUGAAAAAGCAAACUAGCAUGGUCAAUUGAAAAAGAUGAGAUCCCCUUAGAAGUUCUAUGAUGAUAUGCUGACUUUUAAGCAACAAAGAGACCUGAAGGUGAGUACUUUAAGAUAACUUGAGGAAUUUACCAUUAAAAGUGAAGCAUCAAUAAAAAGAGGCAAUCUUAUGAAUUAGAAAAGCAGGGCAGAGAUGUUUGAUAGAUUGCAUUAAGAGGAGCUUAAGAAGUUGAAGUUGAAUAAUCUCUCUCCAUAGUCAUAGGUUAAGCAGGAGAAUUCAUCUUCAAGAACAAGAGAGGAAAUCGUAAAUCACCUUUACACAGACUACUUUAUUAGAGACACUAAACUAAAAAGUUUAUAAAACUAGGUGUUCACUUAAGAACAUAAUUAACAUUAAGAAGCAAUCAACUUGGGAAGAUCAAAUCAGGUGCUUGCUAAUAAAAUCCAAUCAUAAGUCAAAUAAGCUUAUACUGAGAUGGAGUUAGAGCAGCAAGAUGAACUAUCCUUCUUUAAUUUGUUAGAAUUGAUGACUAAAUGCGGUUACAUUGAUUAAUUUGACGAGGAACUGAGAAAUCAACUGAAUUCAAUGUGGAUGAAUCUCAUUAAAGACUAGAGUUUAAACACAGAGGCAACAAUUACACAAAGAAAUCUGCUUAUAUUCUUAAUGGCUGUUGAUAAUAUAUUCUUGGACAGUAUGAAAUUGCAGCCAUAUGGUCCUCAAGAAAAGAGAUAGUUCGGCUACUUCUUAAAUGAAUACUAUUACGUUUAAAAUGAGCAAGAGGUUAAGAAAAUGCAUAUGCAUUACUAGAGACUUUAUCUAAACAGACAAAGAAGACUAGAAGAACUUAAAAGACAAUCCUCAAACCAACAAUUAAUUUCAAGUCCAUCCUAAAAGGAGUGUGUAUUUACCCCAAAUAUAAACCCUAAGUCAAAAUAAAUUGCAGAUGAAAGUAUAAUAAAAUUAGAACAAGCAAUCAGACAAGGAACCGGAGAUAAUUAGGUUAAGAUUAAAGUAGAAGAUUUACUCUUAAGCAAAGGUUAAGUGAUUUAGGAAAAAUUAAGAUAGCAAAGAUAAAUUCAUUAGCAGUAGCAAGAAGAUCAAUAUACCUUUAGUCCAUAGCUUUUAACUUCAAAAGCUAAUCAAAGCUAUUUGAGAUUGCAAUCUAAUUCUAACUCAGUAAGAAGGAAGAACUCAAGUGGUAACCCCACCUAAGGGGCUAAGUCAAGAAAUGUAUUUGACAAGCUAUAUGCUAAGGCUCUUACUCAAUAAAAGUAAAAAGUUUAAGAAAAGACUAGAUUUGAAGUUGUAGAGGAGUAAGAGUACGAGUAGUGUACCUUCAAGCCUAACCUCAAUAGAACUCAGAAGAUUAACUAGCAGGUAACCAGUAUCAUUAAGAAAUCAAGUUAGUUUUCACAGUAAAAGCAUAAGCUCCAAAACUAUAGAAAUAAUAUGAAUAGACUAACAACACAAAGAAGCUAGCCUAAAUUUGCCAAUUAAUACAAAUACAAUAAUACUUAUGAGGGUUAAGAAAAUAUUUCAAAUCUUUGCAUAACGAGCAAUCAAAACUAAGGCUCAUCAUUCGUCUAGUAUUUAUAGAAUGACAUAACCCCGCAGAGUAUGAAGAAUAAUCUGCUUGAUGAAAUAGCUGAGGUAACAGCUCACAACAGAAACUCAUUUGUCUAGCCAUUUAACGAGCAUAAUUUGAACUAUGAUUCAAGGUAGAAUUCAGAAAUUAAAAAUUAGCACUAAACCCCUAAAAAUGCAAAGGUUAAUAGAGUCUAAUUCUCUCUGAACAGUACUUAUAACACUGGUAUCUUUGAGACAGCUAAUAAAAUCUAAACACUUCAUACUAUUGAUGAAAAUGCCAAUCAAACUUAGGAAAAUCUUAGAUAUAAUCUUAGCAAUAAAAAUCUAGCAAAUCACUUGGAGGGGUCCAGGAGCAAGAAGAACUCUUAGUAUUUAAUACAUAGUAAUAACAAUAACAAUUUGAAUGAUACUUUGAACAGCAGUAAUUAUAAUGGAAAAUAAUAAUCUAAUUCGAAAUCUGACUUGACUACCAAGUAGGUAAAGUAAUACUUAAAGACUGUCAUUCAAAGUUCUCUGUGA